AUGGCUACGCGAGAUUAUGUUCUAGAACAGACAGCAGCUUUACGUCCUAUAGUAGAAAAUGAUGAACAAUUACAAUCGGAUGAUGCACCAAGCAUUUCACCAAAAAUUAUUGAGCAUCCCAAACAACUUUUAUUGUUGAUCUUUGGAUCAUUUGUUCAUAUUAUUGGAAAUAUUUUCACUACAAUUUUUUCAGGGGAUGGAAGAGC